GUGUAGCUUUGAAUGUUGUGGAGUGGGGUCUGACUUCCAAUGGAAACAUCACAUGAAGAAUGCAGACUGGACAGGACUUUUUACAGACAUGCACAUAAAAAGCCAUCAGGGUUAUUUAUGGAAUAGGAUAUUUAUUUACUAAAAAAAAAUAAAAAAAGCAUCUUCUCCAGGUGAAUAAAUGCAGAUUCAAGAAGGAAACCAGCAACAGAAUUACUCUUACCAUGUGAUGUGUAAAUAUUUAUUGUUAUUAUCAUAAUAAUAUGCUACAUAUAGAUGCAUGAUGUGCCUUAUCCCAAAUAAAGUGUAACUGAAGAGGUGAAGAAGUCCAUAGAAGAAGAUCAAGAUGAGCCAUGUGUAUGGAUACAGGUGAUGGAAUCCCACCAGACAGGGUCUCAGCAUCCUCAGUUCUCAUACUUCCAGAAGCCUGAUUCUUCAUUCUUCUAGAGUACUGCAGACAGUGUCUUCCUUCUUGGAUGGUCAACUCCAUCUUCAUUCCCAGUGGUAGCAACAAUCUGGAUUGAUUAGCCUGACGAUGGUCACACUUCGCUGGAGUUGCUUUCAUCGCUGCCUCUGUCCACCAUCAGUCCUUGCAGCCAUGAGCUCACAGGCUGCCCAGCUAUCCUACCACUACAAGUCUUUCUGUGGGGACUACGAACAGGUGGAGACUGCUCUAGAACGGUUGGAAGCCAGUGGCUACUAUUGGAGUACCCUCUCCGGAGCAGAAGCUAAAAAGCUUUUAUCUGACCAGCCUGUGGGAUCCUUUCUGAUUCGAGACUCAUCAGAUCAUCACCACCUUUUCACCCUCAGCCUUCGCACAACUGUUGGAAUCACCAACCUGCGUAUUAAGCUUGAAGGCCCUUCUUUUUACCUGGAGACAGUAGCAGGGGGAGAGAGCCCACCAACCUUCCCUUGCGUGGUUAAGUUGGUUGAACAUUACAUGCGUCUUACAGCAGCUGGAGAAUCUGACUCCAAUUUGUGCUACAUAGAAGGGAAGGAUCAACCAGCUCCUCUUAUGCUAACACAGCCACUGAAUUGCAAAGUGGUGUCCCUACAGUACUUGUGCAAGAGGACAGUGGUGGCAAAUAUGCCCUCUGAAGCAUCUGGCUCAGGAAGCAACCUGGAGGAUCUUCCUGUGUCCAAAGUGCUUCGGAAUGCCUUCAGAAAAUAAUGAGACAUUUUUCACUGAGUGUUAAUUGAAUGAUCCCUAAAAAACAAGACAUAAGAGGAAGAAUAUCUUUGAGACCAACUUUGUAAACAUCAGAAACAUGCUGAAGGAAUUCAUAGCAAUGCAGGGAACAGUCUAAUACCAAAAUGAACGUUACUUUUAUUUCCUAAAAUACACAUGGUGAUAGACUGGAUUUUAU